UUGAAGACUGCUUACACCUCACCUCCUACUUUGGCCCUCUCUUGGAAGACAAGAACAGAGCCCAUGCCCCAGGCUCAGCCAUCCUCUCUUCUCCUCGGGAACUGCUUACACCUAUGCCCCAGAGAUGAGGGCCCAGGAGGAACCCGAGAGCCAGAUACAGCAUGAGGCCCUGGACUUAGCAAGGACCUCCACAAGGGACCCCCCGGUGGCCCUACCCACAGAGCCAAAGUCAGACAUGUUGUACAAGAUCGAGGACGUGCCACCCUGGUACCUGUGCAUCCUGCUGGGCUUCCAGCAUUACCUGACAUGCUUCAGUGGCACCAUCGCGGUGCCCUUCCUCCUGGCUGAGGCGCUGUGUGUGGGCCGUGACCAACACAUGGUUAGCCAGCUCAUCGGCACCAUCUUCACCUGCGUGGGCAUCACCACCCUCAUCCAGACCACACUGGGCAUCCGGCUGCCGCUGUUCCAAGCUAGUGCCUUUGCAUUUCUGGUCCCAGCCAAAGCCAUCCUGGCCCUGGACAGAUGGAAAUGCCCCCCAGAAGAGGAGAUCUACGGAAACUGGAGUCUGCCCCUGAACACCUCUCAUAUCUGGCACCCACGGAUACGAGAGGUCCAGGGUGCAAUCAUAGUGUCCAGCAUGGUGGAAGUGGUGAUCGGGCUGAUGGGGCUGCCUGGGGCCCUGCUCAGCUACAUUGGGCCUCUCACGGUCACCCCCACUGUCUCCCUUAUUGGUCUCUCUGUCUUCCAAGCUGCUGGUGACAGAGCUGGCUCCCACUGGGGUAUUUCAGCUUGCUCCAUUCUCCUGAUCGUCCUGUUCUCCCAGUACCUGCGCAACCUCACCUUCCUGCUGCCUGUCUACCGCUGGGGCAAGGGCCUCACUCUCUUCCGCAUCCAGAUAUUCAAGAUGUUUCCUAUUGUGCUGGCCAUCAUGACCGUGUGGCUUCUCUGCUAUGUCCUGACCCUGACGGAUGUGCUGCCCACAGACCCUACAGCCUAUGGCUUCCAGGCACGAACGGAUGCCCGAGGGGACAUCAUGGCUAUUGCACCCUGGAUCCGAAUCCCCUACCCAUGUCAGUGGGGCCUGCCCACAGUGACUGCGGCUGCUGUCCUGGGAAUGUUUAGUGCCACACUGGCAGGCAUCAUUGAGUCAAUCGGAGAUUACUAUGCUUGUGCCCGCCUGGCUGGUGCGCCAUCCCCUCCAGUACAUGCUAUCAACAGGGGCAUCUUCACCGAAGGCAUCUGCUGCAUUAUCGCAGGGCUGUUGGGCACGGGCAACGGGUCCACCUCCUCCAGCCCCAAUAUUGGCGUCCUGGGAAUAACCAAGGUCGGCAGCCGGCGCGUAGUGCAGUAUGGUGCUGGCAUCAUGCUGGUUCUGGGCACCAUUGGCAAAUUCACGGCCCUCUUCGCUUCGCUCCCUGAUCCCAUCUUGGGGGGCAUGUUCUGCACCCUGUUCGGCAUGAUUACCGCUGUGGGGCUGUCCAACCUGCAGUUUGUGGAUAUGAACUCCUCUCGCAACCUCUUCGUGCUCGGAUUUUCCAUGUUCUUCGGGCUCACGCUGCCAAAUUAUCUGGAGUCCAACCCCGGCGCCAUCAACACAGGCAUUCCUGAAGUGGACCAGAUUCUGACUGUGCUGCUGACCACGGAGAUGUUUGUGGGUGGGUGCCUCGCUUUCAUAUUGGACAACACAGUGCCAGGGAGUCCAGAGGAACGAGGUCUGAUCCAGUGGAAAGCUGGGGCCCACGCCAACAGUGAGAUGUCUACUGGCCUCAAGAGCUAUGACUUCCCUAUUGGGAUGAAUGUGGUAAAAAGGAUUGCCUUUCUGAAAUACAUUCCUAUCUGCCCAGUCUUCAAAGGAUUUUCUUCAAGGUCAAAAGAACAGCUUACAGUUCCAGAAGAUACUCCAGAAAGUAGAGAAACUGGGCCUGUGAGCACCAAAGUUUGAAAAAUUACUUCUAGGAAAGCAGGGUUGUCCUGAGGUACUGAGCCCACACUGAAGUGAGUAUCACCACUGGAGAGUCUGCAUUCAGCACCAAUAAACACAACCAUCAGCUCAGUUCUACUAUUAUUUAUUUUUUUAAAUAUUUUUGAAAAAAUAUAAUUUUUUUACAAUAUUUUCAACUUAAACACUAUUCACACUGAACACGUAUGGCAGCUUAACCUACCCAAAUAUGAAGUUUAAGAAGCCAAAACUGUUCUAGCUUUGUUAAAAGAAAAGUUGUGCUGCAGACUAUUGUAGUGAUGGUUAACAAAGCAAGGAAAAGCACCACUCAAAUCACAUGUUACAAUUUCUUUGUUCAAUUGGAUUAUGGGUUGGUCAAAUGGACUUCACACAGAUAUAGCUAAGAUGCACUGACUCCUUAGAAGAUGCAAUUCUCAAAUCACAUACUUCCUCAGAUGUAACAUUAGGAGAAUUCAGUAUUUCUUACAUGAUACCAUACCAUAGAAGCCAGGACUAAGUUCUAAUCUGAUCUACUUUGUAACCUCAGUAACCAGACAUACUUAUAUUAUUUGAAAUUAACUAAUACGCCUUCCUUAGAAGAUUCUUUUUGAUGGGGACAAAUGCAAAUUUGUCUGAACUGAGAAAUUUGCUUAACAACCUGAAUUUAAUUUAAAUUUACUCAUUUAAAAAAAGUUUAGACAUUAACAAGUGUUAGUUAACUCUAAGGAAUCAGUUCAGCCUCAAAAAAGAAAAUUCACUAAGAUUUAGAGGUCAUUUAAUUUGGUGCUUUGUCACAACUUGACUGGUGCUUCUUUCCUUGCUGUUUUCACAUCAAGCCAUGGGGCCAAUUCUAUUUUCAGUAAAUGUUUGACAGCUUUUUACAUAAUAACAGUCUCAGCACUUUUAUUAAGCAUGCAAGACUAACAAAACUUUGGCAAUGCAUAAGUGUAACACAGUGACGAGAGAGAGCUUUUACAAUUAAGUCUUCUAAUACUGCCUUCACAGUGUGGAAAUUGUGCUACAUCCACCAAAAGAGGGCCCCGUCUACUCAAA